AUGACAGGACUUGUUGUUUAUCCAAACGAGUUAGACUCUUUGAUUGAAGCUGCUACUAGUUCCAGCAUUCCAAAUGGGGAUGUUGAUCUACAUGCUUCUUUGGAAAUAUCUGAUAUAAUAAGAUCUAAAAGAAUCCCUCAUAAAGAUUCUAUGCGAUGUUUGAAGAAACGGAUCAUUGGUACUUAUUCAAAUCCAAAUACCCAGUUAGCAAGUUGGAAAUUGACAGAUAUUUGUAUAAAGAAUGGUGGUACAGGAUUCAUCAAAGAAAUAUGUUCUAGAGAGUUUAUGGAUACAAUGGAGAGUACCAUCUUAAAAUCUGAAUUAGAUGCAGAGGUCAAGGAUUUAGUGACAAAACUUGUUUACGAAUUAUAUCUUGCAUUUAAAAAUGAUUCACAGUUAAACUAUGUUUCAAAAGUACACGAUAAACUAAAGGCAAGAGGUAUUCAAUUUCCUGAUAAUUUGAUGGAUUCUAGAAGCGCUCUUAAUCUUUUUGAUUCUAAAACACCAGCUGAUUGGAUCGAUUCGGAUGCAUGUAUGAUCUGUUCCAGGAAAUUCUCUUUAUUGAAUAGAAGACAUCAUUGUAGAUCAUGUGGUGGUAUAUUUUGCCAGGAUCAUUCUUCAAACAAUAUCCAAUUACCUGAUUUAGGAAUUCACGAUCUGGUUAGAGUAUGUGAUAAUUGUUACGAUGAUUAUGAUAUUAAAAAUUCCGGAGGAAGCUCUAAACCAAGAAUACACCACCAUAAAAGUGACAAGAACAAAGAAUAUUUUGAUGCAGAAGAAGAACAAUUAAGAAAAGCAAUUAAGUUAUCACUUAAGGAAAAUCACCAAUCAAACCAAUACAAUAAUAAAACAGAACCAAUUGUUCCUUAUGUGAACCAUGAAGAUGCUCCUAAAGAUACCAUUAACACUGAAGAAAUUGAUAAUGACCCAGAAUUGAAAGCUGCUAUUGAAGCUAGUUUGAAGCAAUCUGAAAUUGACAAGGAUAAAAGACUUCAAUUGGAACAAUAUUCACAGCAGCAGCAGGAGCAACAACAGGGUACAUAUUACCGAAAUCCAAACAUUAACCAAGCAUCUAUUCAACAAAGUGCACCUUAUAACAGUUAUGAAAUUUCCUCUGAAGAGGAGAACAACAUUUACCUGUUUGCAUCACUUGUUGAGAAACUGAAAAACAAACCUACAACAGAAGUUCUUGAAGAUCAACAACUCCAAGCCCUAUAUCAAAAAGUUGUUCAAUCAAGGCCAAGAUUAAACAAUUCUUUAAAUGAUACUGUAACAAAGUAUAACACAUUAAUUGAAAUGAAUGGUAAAAUUUCCAAUAUUAUGAAUAUAUAUGAUGAGUUAUUGGAAAAUCAACUAAAUUCUAUUAACGUAAGACAAACAUAUGCCGCACCUGUUGUGCCAUCAGAUCCUUACACGUAUUAUCAACAGCAAAGUGCUCAACCUCACCAAAGUAAUACGCAUUUACAGCAGCAUCAAGUAGCAAAUGAAAUAGUGCAACCGACACAAGUUAAAGAGGAAUCCACAUUGAAAGCUCUUGGUAAUCUUGUCAUAGAUAAUCAAAAACCUAAUAAUGCUAUCAUAUCUCCAUACCCAAUAGAAGAAAGUGAACCAGAGCCUGUAGUUACACAUCUAAAAGUGGCAACUGAACCUCCUUAUAGCGAUAAUGAACUUAAAAUCGGUUCCUCCACUGAAUUUGCACCGAUAGAUGGUUCUGCAGAUUCACCACUAGCUGAAACCAGCAAUAAGCAAACUGAUAAUAUAACAGCAUUUGAUUUUCCAACCGUACCUGCAGUCAAAACUGCUUUAGUUACUCAGGAACCUCAAAUUGUACAGGAAGAACCACAAGAGGAACUAUUGUUAGAAUUAUAA